GGAGUGUUGCCUUGGAGAGGGAGGGUGGGUGCGUUCCCUCAGCAACAGGGAAGAUGGCAGCUCUCACAUCUCUCACCCAGUUGUCAAGCGGGGCCCCUGUUUAUGAGAACUUCUACAGACAGGUGGAUCCUGGGAAUACGGGGAGAGUGGGACCAACAGAAGCUGCCUUGUUCUUAAAAAAGUCUGGACUCCCUGACGUUACUUUGGGAAAGAUCUGGGAUUUGGCGGAUCCUGAUGGCAAAGGCUUUCUUGACAAACAGGGGUUCUAUGUAGCUCUGCGGCUGGUGGCCUGUGCUCAGAGCGGUCAGGAAGUCAGUCUGUCCAGCCUCAACCUCACUAUCCCUCCCCCAAAGUUUAAGGACACCAGCAGUCCAUCCCUAAGCAGCACAGUGUCACUCCCCACUGAAUUACCCUGGGCUGUUAGGCCUGAGGAGAAAGGUAAAUUUGAUGGGAUUUUUGAGAGUUUGGCUCCAGUCAAUGGCCUGCUGUCUGGAGAGAAGGUCAAACCAGUCCUGAUCAACUCAAAGCUACCUCUGGAUAUCCUUGGGAAGGUUUGGGACCUCAGUGACAUCGACAAAGACGGCCAUCUAGACAGAGAUGAGUUUGCAGUGGCCAUGCACCUUGUGUACCGGGCCUUGGAGAAGGAGCCUGUUCCUGCACUCCUUCCCUCUACCCUUGUCCCUCCAUCUAAGAGGAAGAAGAGUUUGGGCUCGGUGGCGAGCUCUGCGCCUGGACUGCCUGCUAGUCCUCCUCCUCCAAAAGACUCACUGCGCUCCACACCCUCUCAUGGCAGCAUGAACUCACUCAACAGUACCGGCAGCCUGUCGCCCAAACACACACUCAAGUCUGGACCGCAUUCGGUGUCCUGGGUGGUCCCAGUGUCAGACCGUGGUCGCUAUGAUGACAUCUUCUUGAAGACUGAUGCUGAUCUGGAUGGUUUUGUCAGUGGACUUGAAGUAAAGGACAUCUUUAUGCAAUCUGGAGUGUCUCAGAAUGUCCUCGCCCAUAUAUGGGCUCUGUCAGACACCAGGCAGAUAGGCAAGCUGACCAGGGAGCAGUUUGCCCUCGCAAUGUAUCUCAUCCAGCAGAAAGUGAGCAAAGGCAUCGAUCCUCCUCAGGCCCUGACUGCUGACAUGAUCCCUCCCUCUGAAAGAGGCACACCUGUACCAAGUAUGUCAGGAUACAUGACUCCUGUGGGAUCAGAGAUGGCUGCUCUGUCUGAGAUGAGACGGGAUAGCUCCAGUUCAGUUGGUUCGGGGGAGUUCACUGGCAUCAAGGAGUUGGAUGACAUCAGCCAGGAGAUAGCUCAGUUACAGAGGGAGAAGUACACACUUGAACAGGAUAUCAGGGAGACAGAGGAGGCCAUCCGACACAAGAGCGCAGAGGUGCAAGAGAUGCAGAGUGACCUGGACAGAGAGACGGCCAGCUUGCAGGAACUAGAGGCUCAGAAACAAGAUGCCCAGGACCGUCUAGAGGAGAUGGACCAGCAGAAACACAAACUGGAGGACAUGCUGAAUGAAGUGCGGAUAAAGUGCCAGGAAGAGUCUCAGAUGAUCUCAACCCUCCAGAGUCAGAUCCACUCGCAGGAGUCCGACUUGCUGACCCAGGAGGAAGAGCUGAGCAGAGCAAAGGCCGACCUGGGCCGGCUGCAGCAGGAGGAGAACCAGCUGGAGCAGAGCCUGGCUGCUGGCAAGAUCCAACUUGAGACCAUAAUCAAGUCCCUGAAGGCCACACAAGAUGAGAUCAACCAGGCCCGAAGUAAGUUGUCCCAGAUCCAGGACAGCCAACAGGAAGUGUCUAAAAGCAUUGAGCAGUACAACAGCACUUUGAAUGGAACCCACGGAGGCAGCAUGACCAACCUGGCUGACAUGAGCGAGGGAUUCAGUGACAGAGAAAAUGGAGGAUUCCCAGCCAUGGUGAGAGCAGCAGAGGAGGAUCCCUUCAAAGUGAAGCCAUCUGUGUUCAACAACCAGCCUCAGGAACUUCCCCCUGACCCCUUCCACUCUGAGGACCCAUUCAAAACAGAUCCAUUCAAAGGUGACCCUUUCCAAAAUGACCCCUUUGCAAAGCAACCAACAGCAACCACAGAUCCUUUUGGAGGAGACCCAUUCAAGGAGACGGAUCCAUUUAAGACAUCAUCAGAAGACUUCUUCAAAAAGACUACAAAGAUGGAUCCUUUCUCCACACCAGACCCCUUCAGCAAAAGUGCCACAUUACCCAAGCAAACUGGUCACUUCACAAGCAGUGACCCUUUCUCUUCAAACAACCCCAAACCAAAAGGACCAGAUCUGUUUGGCACACUGGACCCGUUCGGCAGCAGUUCGUUCAGCAGCGGCAGUAACAGCUCUUCUGGAUUUGCAGACUUCAGCCACAUGUCAAAACCUAGAGACCCGUUUGAAGGCAGAGCCAGCUGGCUGCCAGACUAUCAGAAGUCUGUGUUUGUGGAUGACCCAUUCAGCCGCAAGAAUGACACCCCAGCUCUGCCACCAAAGAAAAGUGUUCCACCCAGACCUAAACCACCGAGUGGUAAAAGUACACCAGUGAGCAUGUCCGGCCCAGCUGACCCCUCCAAACCAUGUGACCCCUUUCAGCCAUUCGGCAGCGACCCCAUCGACCCGUUUCAGAGUAAAAAGGGACCUGUGGACCCAUUCAGCAGCAAAGACCCCUUUGCACCAUCUACAGCAACAAGACCUGAAAAAGUCAAGUUUGGUAAUGAAGCUCAGCAGUUGGAGUGGGCUAAGCGGGAGAGUGAGCGAGCAGAGCGCGAGCGGCUGAAGCGGCUCAGACAGCAGGAGCAGGAGGACCUGGAGCUGGCGAUUGCUCUCAGUAAGGCCGAGAUGUCCAACGCAUGACAUGGAAUCUCCACCACAUCCUAAUACACUCACAGUGCGUAGACAGGCUAACAUGCAGACAAAACAUGACUGACAUUCUGACACAAAGCACAUCACUGGACUAACUCUUGAGUGUUCCUAUAAACUCUGCUCUACACACAUACAUACACACAAAUACACAGCCAUGCACCACCAAUAUUCACAUACCCACACACUCCAUAACUUUGUCUGGUUUCUGCCUGCAUCACAAAAAGACAGCAAAUCAGAGGGCCCAGAACUCAUCACUGCAAAUCUCUCUGCUGACAAGCGGAGACGGAGAACCGAAGGAUGAAGAAGAGUAGGAGGAGGCACAAAGAGGUUUGCAUGAAAACAGACAGAUGCACUGUGUAUAUGCACUAUAGUGGCUGAAUAGUACUGAAAAGAAUCCAUUCACUGACUGGACUGAGUGGGAUGGUCGUUCUGUUGCUGACAGAACACCUUGACAGUUUGAAUUUCAGUGUGCGGUGUUGCAAAGAAAGAAGCUGCAGUGAAGAAAAAUAACACUACAAUCCAAACUGCCAAGGUAUUUAUUUAAAGGGAUUUUUGUUGCUGAUGUGUUGAAAUGACUUGGAUAUAUCAUUUGGCUACUGAUGGUAUAGAUUGUAUCAGUAUUUAGUUCUGAGUUGUUUUGCUGAUAAGAAGAUGAUACAGAAAGAGGUAUUACGUGUGUGUGUGUGUGUGUGUGUUUAUGGAGAGGCAUUGAGAAGACUGGAUUUUACACUCAGGAUGGAGAAUUUUCAAGGUACAGUCCUCUCCUUUUAUUUCUUUUUAAGGAAAUACUUUCACUAACCCAGAUUUUAAAUACGAGUCUCCGUCUGACUGUGGGAGACUUGAAGAUAUUUUUUCCCCAAAUAUUAUAUACCUCCAGAGUCUACCAUAACAUGACAGACCCAAGCCCUGCAGCCCGAACAAAGCUGGAUAUUUAGCCUGUCAAAGCAGACAACUCAGACAUUCAGGGGGCCAGCAGGCUCCAGGUUCACUGUGCCCUUUAGUUUGUGAUUAUUUAUUGAAUCCCUAAAUUGUUAGGGAAUAUAAUGUGCACCACUGGAGCAUGAUACUCACUAAAAAUGAUUAAGGCCUCAAGGUGCUACAUAUAUGAGGGAUCCCGAGUUCAAACUUGAGCCCAAGUCAAACUUGAACUUAAAAAAAACAAUGACAUCAUUAGAUGUUUUUGUGCAUCUUCAAGGUCACAGUUAUUGGUAUUGUUGUGUUUCCAUGGUGCAUAUAUUUAAACAGAUGUGGGCACAAUCAAUUCAACACAGGAACAGGAGAACAGGAGCCUGCUUUUACUUUAGGACCACAGUGGAUUAAUCUGGCCUGUAGUCUAGGCUGACUGUGUUUUACGCUCAGCAAAGACACUCCCCUUCUCUGUCUCAAAGGCUCAUCCUGUGUGAAACUGAAAAGCUGUAACCAACUCUACUCUGAUAUUCUCACAUUUCCCUUUUAUUAUUUUAUUGUGGGAGGAUAGAAAAAUUACUGCUCUUAAACUGUGUUUUAAAAAAAAUGAUGAAGAUCCAUUACACUGGUUCCCUUUUAAUGUGACAAGUACCUGACAAGUUAAAUACAGUUUGAGAUGUCAGCAUAUCCUGUGGAGCAACAGUAACAAAAUUGUACAGAUAUAUUUUCGUUGUACAGAAGAGAGUACUGCCGAGGGUUUGUAGUGACACCCUGCAGUACUUUCUCUCUGUUAAGUGUAUAUAAAAAAAACAGAGCUAACUAUGCCUCUUCUGGACAGCUGUGCUUUGAUCCUGAUGCUGUGAUGUUACACUACAUCCUACGAUUGAAAAGCAAGAUGAGGGAAAUCGUUUUUCUAUUUUACUUUAACCUUGUUUUCUUAUGAGAGAGUGAGGAUUUUAAUAAAUUUUAUUUAAGUAGCUUGUUAUUCUUUUAUUACUUUGACAUGUUUUUGUUUUAAAAGAACAUCCAAUUUAUUGUAGUCGUUUUGUGAUAUAAUUUGUAGAUGAGUAUUAGCCACUCCAGUGCUCUACAGACCAGCAACAAAGCUGCAGAGGGUUUGGAAAGGUUUGAAACUUGCUGGUGUCAUUGGCUGGAUUUUUUGAAAUAGUGCUAUUUCUGAUGUGUCAUAGUUUAAUGCUCCAACAUGGACUUAACCACUCAUCAUGUUUUUAUUUGACUUGUCUCUUUUACUUGAAGUGGCAGAUUACAUUGAGUGAGUGAGACAAACCAUUUAUGAUGAUUCUUGCCCUGCCAUCAGAUUCUGCUCAGAAUACCUAUGUUCUCCCAAAUGUCACCUUAAAUGGGGACAAAGUUUUUCAUUUGUCAUUACCAUAACUUGGUAAUCAUUAAGAAAAAAAACAGUCUUAUAAUUUGCUUUGUUGAAGCCAAGCUUGUCCAUAUAGUGAGUGUUCAUUAUUGAGAACAAAUGUAACCAUUAAAAGUACUAUAGUCUCAAGACUGUCAUACAGUACGAUACAGUGCUGGGUGCCUGAUAGAACUCAAACAUUUCAGUUACUCUAGUCUCUUCAUUGAACUUUGUGCAGAGGCCUAAGCACAUAGCUGAUGUGCACCUCCUCUAAAAUGUAACUGUGCGUCAAAUUGAUGCAAAUUGAUCACAAGCCCUUUGACUGGUCCACUCGGCGAUAUUGUAUUUCCCGCAUUUACAGCACAUCAGCCGUGUAUUUAAUCUCCUCUGACGUGUCCUCUCUAUUCUGUAAUCAUUGCUGUAUGAUAAACAGUAACAUGUAUCAGCUGUAGAUUAACUUAAUACGCUCUGAAUUGCUGAGGAAAAGUUAACAGAAAACUGCCCUCAAGCGUUUCAGUAUUGCUGCGUGACACAGACACAUUGACAUGUAGUGCUCACGUCCGCGUCGACCACUGCUGCGUAGGGUCAAGGCAGAAGUUUAAACCAGCCUUAAGGGAUUAAAAACAAUUAAUGUUUUAUAAUCAGAGGAGCCAGAUUUUUUUUAUUUCACCUUAAAGUUCCUGUGAGGAGUUUUCAUCUGCUCACGGAUCAAAUUGAAAUUAAUACUAAAGCCUUUAAAUGAACUACAAAAGCAAACAACAGCACUAAAGUUGAAUUUUUCUUUAUAGUCUUCAGAGUCAUUUCUGACAUGUUAAACUACUGCCUGCGGGAAGUGUCAGUUGCACUGAAAAACAUUCUUUUUUACAUUUUCCCAUUCAAAAAUGUCUGAUAUCCAACACAUAUCCAGUUUUCCAACAACAUUUUUUUGUUGGAAAACUGAAAGUUCCUCACAGGAGCUUUAAAUGUCAACAAAUUAGUUGUCCACUAUCUGUGGAGUAAUCUCAACAUCCCUCCAGUAACAAGUUCUUUGAUUGCCUACUGUACUGAAAUGUUGUGUUUUCAUCGUGUACCCAUCCAAGACUGUAAUAAAUAAUAUGAUGGUUGUAGACAAACACUAAAUUCUUUGGAUUAAAAUCCACAAGCAUAUUGUGAUGAAAAUGGUUGUGUAACUGCUAAGACAGUUUGGUAGUUUUGGGUCACGGCAGCCUUAGAAGAAGGCUUUGGCUGGUACAACAAAAUUACCUCAUUUUACUUAAGGUUACAGUUGGUCCUCAAGAUGAUGGUAAGAAGGACCUCAACAGUAGAAAAGCUUCGAACAAUUCAUACCCCUGGAUAUAUACACAUGGGGAACUGCCUGUCUUGAUGGUUAGAAUGUUAAAAAUCAGUAUAAUAUGACUCAAUUGGAAGGAAGGGUUCGAGUCAAAGUUUGCGUGCAGCUCCUGAUUCUUCCCGAUAGAAAUGAACUGCCUCUCCCUUUCAUUUUUUGUCUUGUUUACAUAUCAUGAGUAUUUACUUUGUUAUAGAUGUUACAAACUGAGUACCUACAGGGGGCCCCUGGCGUAAGCCUCCCUGAGCUGUGAACAGAUAACACCUCCUGAAGAGCCUCUAUCUGCUUCUGAGUCAUUAAACACACACUGGCUUUGAAUCUCUGCCAUGCUCCUGUCACAUUGUAAUGAAACUUUGCUAUAUGAAGGACCUUUUUUUGCCAUUCUACAUGAAAACUUUUGGUGCUUUUUGCUGUCAGUUUAUAAGCUAGCUUGUUGUAAGAUUAUAUCAGUAAGUUUCCCCAAUGAUUACCCAAGAGAUUUGAAGUGCCACAUAAGGAGUUAUGUCUUUAUUUUUUACUAAUCCUUUGAAAGACCAAAACUAAGCUGUUGGUCUCUUAAGCUAUUUUAUUUUUUUUGGUUUCUACUAAAGACAAUAACCCUUUUAAAGAUGACUAAAUAUAAUAAUUAUAAUUAUAACAAUAACUGUAUAUAAUAGUUAAAAUAAUGUAUUAUUUUUUUAUUACAAAAAAAAUGUAUUGCCAUUACCAUUAUUAUUAUUAGUGAUAGUUAUGAUAAUACUACUUCUACUAGUAAUGAUAAUUAUUAUUGUUAUUAUCAUUACCAUUAUUAUUAAUAGUGAUAAUUAUGAUGAUAAUAACAAUAAUGAAAAUAGUAAUAUUGUAGUAGUAGUAGUGGGAAUAGUAGUAUUACAAUUAUAAACUGGAAAAUCGGCACAUAAUUGGUUUUGAUGGCAUGUCGGUGGCUACACUAUCCAUCAUGCUGCUAAUAAGCUAGCUUGUUGUCAGCUGUUGACCCUCAGCUUAAUAUAAAAUGCCAUUUCCUUUCAAAGUAGUUUCACGUUAACUUAUGUGCCAACAACUAGUCAACAACAAUGUGACAGGCAGCGUGCGUAAUAAAAAGAAUAUAACUUGAUGUCUCAAAGCCAAAUUAGUCCAUUAGACCUGGUCUCAGAGGGUCUGAGGUCUAAAUUAUAGUCUGAUGGCUCAGCUGCAUUUAGAGGAAAACCCAAUGUGAAUUGUGGAAACAGGAAUCUAUCACAUAGAAUGGAGAUGAGUGUCACAGGAUGCAACAGUGUCUCUGGGCAACUUUGAAUAUUUACUAUCAAGUUAUGUAAAAUACGAAAUGCUGCUGAUGUGACAUAGUACUUAAAUAUUAGAAAACAUCAAAUAAUCAAAGGAAUAGCUCAAGGUGAGCUUAUGCAGAAACACAAUAUAUACAGUCUGAACAUAUAUCUAAUGCCAACCCUUCUAGACACAUUCACCUAAAACCCAGCCUGCUGCAAUAACUGUGACACUCCAUCUCUCCAUCAUGUGUUUCUGUUUACAUCUCUCUGACCCUUGAACUGUCUGCGUGGACUCUUAGAGUGCUGAGUCCCAGAUUGUUAUCUUCAUUCAUACUGUAUGUGUUACCUGACAACUCCAUUGUGCAAUAGAUAAUGUUUAUUUUUUAUUGUUGUUUUGUGUAUCCUGUCAAACCAGUGUAAUGUUUUUGAUAUGUAGCGUAUGUGUUUGAUAUGAUUAUUUAUACAUCCACAACCAUCCACUCCUCUGUCCUGAUUUUGUGGAGAAAGUUCAUGCUUUCAUUUCAUUCCAGUAGCUGCAGAACCUGCAAACCUCUCAUUCCUAAAACACUUUUAAUGGAAUUGGAGGAAAGGAAAUGGUAAAGACAAUGUUUGAUUCUCUAUAUUUUUUGAAUUAUCAGAAAUCUUAGCAGUUAAACAAAAACAGAAAUGUUAGUAUGAUGACAGCUGAAAAACAUUUAAACUUAGUACUUCCUUAAUUUUGAUAUUCAUUUCACUUUUAUCUUGAAAUUGUGGAUAUUUCAUUUUGAUACAAAGUCUUUGAAUUCAGUUUUUACUGACAUACUAAUGCUUACUGUAAAACUGUAUUUUUUGGGGGGGACUUCUUACAUUUUGCUCACUUUACUUUUUUUUUCUCACAAGCUUGUUUUUUGUUAAUUUUUUUUACCCUCAAAUGUCCUUCCUCCAAUGUAGGUGAAAUAACCUGAGCUGUCUUUAUUAAGAUGCAUACAAAAUGUAAACAGUCUGUAUAGUAUCAUGUCUGUUAUAUUUGUCCUAUAAAAAUGGAAGAUGAAGAAGACAAAGUAAACUUGAUAAGGAACCAUUUGGAAGGUUGCCUAUGUUACACUAGUAGCUGAGGAGAGAACAGAUGCUGGCUUCUUUUAAACAGUGAUCCUGUCUACAUGGUCUGUACUGUUUACUAGAAUAAACAUUUCAGUUAAAUGAAAA